UUCCAUGUGUCACUUUUCACAAUUUUUGCGAACAGCGGCUUUUUUUUCUCAAGCGUAAAGAGAAAUUUUCGUAUUGAAACGCAGAAAAAAUUCUAGAUUUAAUACAACUGUGUGCGCGCUAAUAAAAUAGAAAAAGUCUAUACAUUGCAUUUAAUUACUUGUAAACUAGCAAUUUGCUCCAACGUUUGAACGCUUUUCAUACUAUGCAUCAGAACUAAAAGCGUGAGCAUCAAGCAGAAAAGAAAAAAAUCUUCUUGUUGGGGUGAACCAUUGUAAAUGGCUAGAGAGAUACCGAGUUCCAAUACGGCGCAUUCCAUUCGCGUUCACAUUGAUGAUGUACAUUGAACAUACACCUUUGGAAGAUAAUCUGCAAUUUUUCGUGAAGAAUCACAUUCCCGCCAGUGACGCCAACUCAAUACUGGCGCAUGUACGCGACGUUGACGAAACUACUGCUACACAACUGCAAACGCAGACGCAAGCCAACGUUGCCUACUACUCCGGUUAUACCGGACGCUUGAACGUGCUCAAAAUUAGUGACGCUCCAAGAAGUAAGAUCCCAAACAUUGCAGUACGACAAGAGCAAAAUAUUUAUUUAGGCAGAAAUAAAGUGUCACCGCCAGGUGUCAGAAACCGUAACGCUGUAUCACCAAAACUUAACGGCAACGGUAAGACAGCAUAUGAAGAAGAGGGGGAAGAGGAUGAAAAAUAUGAAUUGGUAGACAUUGUUGAUGUACAAGAAGAAGAAGAAGAACAAAUCGUUGCAAAACAUAAUAAACAAACGUUGGAAACUCAAGUGAGAAGCGCUGAAAAGGAGCACACACCUGUGACCGAUGAAAUUAUUAUACAAAUAGAAGACGAAGAAGACAAUUACGAAUACAGUGUACAGCCUGUGUGCAAACAGCGCAAAUAUAGUGAAACUAAACUACCAAACAAAGUUUUUGGUCACCGCCGACAGUCCAAUUACGAAGCAACGCAAACACGUAAGCGACCUUUACGUCCAGUACCGGCAGCAAUUCCAAUCAAAACUUGGCAUAACGAAUUAGAAUUACCGCCAUUGGAACUUAUACCACCGCAAACACGUCGCAACCGUGUGUUGAAUGGUCAUUUGCCAAUUCAACUACAACGUAGUGAUAGCACCGAAAGUGUUACGAGUAGCUAUUAUUUGACUGAGGACGACGUCGAAUACGCCGGACAAAGUUACGCAAACGGUUACCGGCGGUUGGUGGCAACCGAAGCAGAAGUUGAAGAAUUCGCAGCAACAGAAGAAGACUACGACGAACACUACUCACUGCCGGUACGUAGACCGGAACAGCUCAACAACUCACAGAUGGGUAUCGAUAUAUUCAACAGACUACGUCGUUUGUUGAACUUAAACACCGAUUCCACAGGCAACACAGAAGGAGAGCAAAAACGAAAAAGAACUGGGAACUAUACGGCCGAUGCUAAUCCACACCCAAUAAAAUAUAAAAAAGUACAUAAUCGUUUUCCUAAAAUUAUCACACACAGAUUGGAUGAUGCCGAUUUUGAAGUGAUUUCCACUUUUCCACAACACGAGAAGCAAAUGUUGUCAUGCAAGUUGCCUAGCAGUGCUUCCAAAAAUACCGUAGAGAUGACACAACGCAAAUCAUUACACUCCAUUGAAAAACCCAAGUAUCGCAAAUCUAUGUUUACAGCGCCCACAGUCACACACCGUUUGAUCAAGAACACUUCAUAUGCUGAUGUGGAGUUCUCCGAUGACGAUGAACCGCAAUUGACCAAGGGUUUUGGCAUCGGUGUAGCAAGUGGGUCCAAUGUGGGCGAUAUGCGUGCACGUAAAAAAGUGCCACACACCUACAAUGUGCCGAUUGUGUGUGAAAGUGAGAAUGCUAGAACAGCGGCGUCCAAACCGCCACCACCACUCAUUGAGCCGCGCACGGGCAGCAUACUAGCGACGUCACUAAUGCCUGAGAUCGAUUUGACGAAGCGCAGACCCAUGUCUUACUCGGAUGUUUUGCGACAGAAUCUACAAAUGCCCGCCAGUGGUGGGCACGUGCUGGGCAGACGUUCGGCCAGUUCCGUUUCCUCCUCCGGCGCGACUUCACAAUCCAAUGGUGGUCUAAAUAUUUUGGGUAACAUACGCUCCAAUAUGUGGUCCACGAAUGCGCGUUCCAUACUCACACAGGAAAAAGAAACCGAAGAGCACGUUAAGUAUCAACAACUAUUAGAGCAGGUUGUGCCCUGUUUAUAUGGCGCUGCCGAAGGAGCAAAUGUGCGCACGUUCGCAAAGCCAACAGCAUACGGUUACGAUGUGCCACAAAGACGCGACAGCAGUGGCAACCAGAAACCGUUAACACAACAGCGACAAUCACUGUCACUGCAAGAUAGCUAUACACGCGCUUUGAAACGGCCACCACUGUCGUCCACCAUUAAUUUGGAUGAUGAUGACGAUGACGAUGCGGAGAAUAAUGAGGAUGUCACCUUUGUAGAUGUGCAGCAGCAGCAACGGCGUCCCGUGCGUAAUGGCCUGUCAACAGUAAUUAUCGACGAUGAUGAGGAUGAGAUCAGUGAAAUCAUUGAUUUGGAUGAUGAUGAGCAGCAAGUGGUGUCGGCAUGCACAAAACUGAAUGAACAAAAUGCGACUGACACUACUUUGGGCACAAAGGAUAAGCGGAAGUCUGUAUUACCACUUCCCUAUGUUGAACCGGUUAAUACCUUGCAAGAGCGUUUCAAUACAUCACCGCACUUGAAGGCCAAUUGGCUGGAGGCGCUGCGCACAAAAUGGACUGAGAAGAAGAAGAGCCGUCUGCAGGAGGUUAACGAAACCGUCAAUGUUGUGGAGAAGCUAACAGCCGAACGGCGUGCAGCCGAGUUGGAAAUGCACGAACGUCUACGCAAAAUACAAAUAGUCGAUCCUGAAUUGCUAGUGAUCGAUGAUUUCCCAGAACCAGAGGUAGAGGAGGAGCCGGAAUUUAUCGAAUUAACACAAGAACAUCAAAACCGCAUAAAGGCUGCUGUUAUGGGCUCACCCGAUCAGGUGCUGGUUUCCAAAUUUAACUUGAACAUUACGCGUCGCGAUAUACACACUUUGAUGGGCCAAAAUUGGCUGAACGAUGAGGUGAUCAACUUCUAUAUGAACCUGCUCACCGAACGCGGUGACACCAAACAUGAUACACACGGUCUACCCACCGUCUACGCCAUGAAUACAUUCUUUGUGCCGCGCCUACUCUCCGCCGGUCAUAGUGGCGUGAAGCGUUGGACACGUAAAGUGGAUAUAUUCGCCAAAGAUAUCAUACCGGUGCCGGUGCAUGUUGGCGGUGUGCACUGGUGCAUGGCCAUUAUACACCUGAAGAAGCGCACCAUUAAAUACUAUGACUCAAUGGGUACACCAAAUCCCAGCGUAUUGAAGGCACUCGAACAAUAUCUAAAGGAUGAAUCGUUGGACAAGCGAAAGCAACCGUUCGACACCAGUCAAUUUGAAAUAGAAUCAGUGCGUGAUGUGCCGCGUCAAAUGAAUGGCAGCGAUUGUGGUGUAUUCAGUUGCAUGUUUGCCGAGUAUAUAACGCGAAAUCGUGAGAUAACCUUCUCGCAGCAGCAUAUGCAAUAUUUCCGUCACAAAAUGAUAUUAGAAAUUGUGAGUGGUGAAUUGUUGCAGUAAGGCGUCAAUAAAGUCGGUGCAGUGCGUCAAAGCAACAUCAGCUGAGCAUUAGUGUAACAACAACAGCAACAUAAUGUGUAAUGUGUGUUAUGUGAAAAAAAAUGCAUAAAUGAUUUCCAUAUAAAUAUUUUAAAAUUUUAAAUAAAAUGGUGUGUGCAACCUGCAGCAAAGACAAAACAACUUGCGAACAACAACAACAGCAAUCGGUUGUAGACAACACCUACGUAUUGCAGUAUAUAUAUAAAAAUAUAAAACAAAAUCGAGUUGAAGUGAACUUAGUGGCGCCUAAACAUAAAUAUAUUCUCUUUUGUGACAACAAUAACAAACACUAAAGUGCGCGUUCAUUCACAACAACAACAACAACACUACUAUAUUAAUUUAUUGCUACACAUCAAACGCUGUCGCUGUUUUUGAUGUUUAAUUUCUUAACUUUUUCAGUUCAAAAACAAAUCCAAUAAUGCAGUUUACAUUAAAUUGAGAAUUUCGCGCAAUAAUUGCACUGCUUAUCCUCCCCUCCCCUACUCUUAAUGCUAUUAGUAUCUUAGUUAAAAUAAAAUUAAUAAAAACAUAAAUAAAUUACAAAAACAAGAUUUUGCAAAUACAAAAUACGAUACGAGACAAAUCUAAAUUAUAAUGUAAUGUUCUAUUUAAGUUUCUGUGGUUACAUUUGUAUUUUUUUUUAACUUGAAUAUGUUAUUUAUGUAUUGCGUGUGCAAUUUCUAGAUUUCUAUAAACGCAAAAUGCUUUAAAAACCAUGAAAGUCUACGGUUGCGUGGCAAAACGUAAGAAGUGUGUGUGAAGAGAAGAGAAAGCACAAACGCGCUUAUUUUCUUAUAAACAAUUUCAUUAUAAAGCAGUAAGCAAACUGUGCUUGGGUUCUAUUAACAAACAACAAAAACAAUUGCAAACAGCGGAAUAGUUAUAAUUUCAAAUGGCAAGCAAACCUACUACAUACAUAUUUAAUAAUUUAUCUGUCUAUAAUAUAAGCCGUCUACAGUUAUAAGGUAGCAUUUCUGAAUUACUUACAUACAUACGUAUAGUUUUAAUGCAUAAUUUGUAUGUCACUGAUUUAAAGAAUAAAUACUAUAGAAAAAGA